AUGGAUGGAAUGUUGCGUGGGAAUGUUUCUGGCAAUGAGAGGGAUGUUUCGUCUGUCUUGAGUAAUCUCCAUGAUAAUGAGGUUAUCCCUUGGUAUUUUUCAAGAGAGGAGGUUGAAAAAAACUCACCAUCAAGGCGAGAUGGUAUCGACUUAAAGAAGGAAAUUCGCUUACGCAAGUCGUACUGUACAUUUUUGAAAGAACUUGGAGUGAAAUUGAAAGUUCCCCAGAUAAUGAUAGCCAGUGCUAUAGUAUUCUGUCACCGAUUCUUCCUUCGUCAAUCACAUGCAAAGAAUGACAGAUGGACAAUUGCAACAGCCUGCAUGUUCCUUGCUGGGAAGGUUGAGGAAACUCCACGGGCUUUAAAAGACGUUAUUAUUGUCUCCUAUGAGAUGAUUCACAAGAAGAAUCUUGCUCCUGCCCAGAGAAAGGAAGUAUAUGAGCAACAGAAAGAGAUUUUAUUAAGCGGAGAGGAGCUUGUUCUUUCUACAUUAAACUUUGAUCUCAGUGUUGGUCACCCUUAUAAGCCUCUUAUAGAAGCAAUUAAGAAAUAUAGGGUUGAAGAGGCUAAGGCCCAAUUUCCUCAAGUUGCUUGGAGUUUUGUCAACGAUUGUCUCUGGACGACACUCUGCCUGCAAUAUAAGCCUCGUCACAUAGCAGCAGGUGCUUUUUUCCUUGCUGCUGAGCACCUAACGGUGGACUUAAAAUCAUACGGAGAGAGCUUGUGUCAAGAGUUUGAUAUCACACCUCGUCAAUUAGAGGAUGUCCGUGGCCAAAUGCUUGAGCUUUAUGAGAAAAAGCAUAUUCCUGCAUCUCAAGGAAGCAUAAUCGAAAGUAGUGUCCCCGUGCAUCAACCUGUCUCAGGAGAUAUUGCUUCCACAGAUAAAUGUUCAACCCACAAGCAUUCAAAUUCUGAUCAUCAUGGGGGCUCGUCAAAACCCACACAAAACCAGAGUGACAAUGGGAGUGGUGAGGCAGAGAGGACAACUCCAGCAGAUAUUCGAGAUGAUAGCGCCGCUCCUGAUAAAUCUAGAAAUGUUAGUACAGGUGAUGCCCCGGUCAGUCAAUCGCCAAAUGACUUGAAAUUGCUUCGAGAUAAGGUGAAGGCUAAACUAGAGGCUAAGAAGUUCCAAGGUGAAAGGAUGUGGAAAAAGGAUUUGAUAGAUGAGGAUGAUUUGAUCGAAAAAGAACUGGAAGACGUGGAACUACCUGUUGUGGAUGACAAAUAUAAAGGAAAGGAGAUCUUAAAAAUCAAUCAGAUGGGUACAGAACACGGCGAAAUUCUAGAUGGAAACCACUUGGCAGCUGAUAUCAAAGGCGAAGCUGGCCAUACCGAGGAAGAUGAAAUGGCGGAUGAUGAUUCUUCAACAAUACCUAGCCGUAAUAGAAAAAUGGAAAGCCAUUCUGAAGAAAACAGAUAG